UAAAAGGGGCGGAUCACAAUUGAAAGUCCAGGUUGGCAGAAACUACAUCUUUAUUGAUGUCAUUAUUUUGCUUUGACACUAGAGUGUAAGGACUGUUUUUUAAAAUAAGUUUAAACAUCUAGAAUUUUGACCUACAGCCAUGACACCUGUACAUUUGACGUUUUUACAACAAUGUGUGCUGAUGAUAUUAGCUACUACUACUCUUGGUUCGUCUAUAAAACCAACAAGACAAGACCUGGAGAAUUAUCUUUUUAAAGAAAUGGAUUAUGACAAAAACUUUCCACCAAACAAAGAUAACGUCACCGAUGUUUCUGUUCAACUUUACAUUACCGAUUUUAAUUCAGAAAGUGAAAAGGAAAGGGAAAUUGAAUUUACACUGAGUCUUCGGAUGAAUUGGACAGAUCAUCGGCUAGACUUCACAAGAAACGAAACCAAAUUUGACGUUCUCACAUUUGGAGAUGACAUAGUAGACAGUAUUUGGAUACCAGACUUAUACUUUCUCCAAGAACGAAAAUCUAUUUUACAUGGCUUAUUUAAAAACAACCAGUUGGUAUAUAUCUUCAAAAAUGGCAGUGUUUUCUACAGUGGCAGAUUUAACAUUAAGUCACAUUGUGUUAUGACUUUUGAGAAAUACCCAUUUGACACCCAAAAGUGUCCUAUAGAAAUCCAAAGCUAUGCUUUGACGACAAAUCUUAUGCGUUUGCAUUGGAACGGAGACAGGGCAGUUGAAAUAGAACCCUCAUUAGACCCAUUAAAAGCUGAGACCUCACCACAGGAGAAAAGCAUUGAGACCAGAUAUGUGUAUCCGGAAGUUGGAGAGUUCUCAACGUUGAAAACAGAAAUAAUUGUACCGCGCCCAUCUGGAUCAUAUGGAACAGUCGUUAUUGCGCCUCCGGUUAUUCUCGUACUGAUAGCGUUAAUGUCUUUCUUUGAAGAUUACAACAGUCGCAUAGGGAAUGUCACGCAAACUUUAACCCCACUGUUACUACACUGGACAGCAUUAUACAGCAAAAUAUCAAUUGACUCGACAAUGUAUUAUCUAAAUUUUUGGAUGCUUGGGAAUCUUAUGACAAUUUCUAUAGUGUUGGUAACAAAUAUCUUUAUCUACAUGUGUAUGAGAUAUAAGAAACUCGAGGUAAGAUAUAUGUUGUAAGAAAACAAAAGUAAAAUUAAAACAAAAAGGUAUACAUCUCUAGUUUGAUAGCAAUAAUUAACCGAGAGUAAACGAAAAAAAACCUUUGUCAUACUUAAGAAAUUUAAUGUUUGAUACUUUUACGCAAAUUUCAAGAAACAAAAACCGCAAAAAGCUUUAAGUUUUCUUCGUAAGAUUUGUCAAACAAUAUAAUUUCACAAAAUUUUAACAAAAUUAUUUCUAUGUUUUUUUUCAACUAUUUACAAGAUGACCUGCUUCAACAAAUUUCAUUGUUUAACCCGAUAAAAAUACUUUCAAACAUUCUACUGUUAUCUUAAUUAAAGCAAAAAAAAAAAAUGGGAUAAUCUAAUGUAAUUUAAGAUGUUUAUGCUUUCGGACCAUCCAUUUACAAGACAUUGUGCAUAUUUUCUGUUUGCUCCUAAAACACGUGGACAAAUUGGUGUUAAAAGAGACAUUGAAACCAUUCGCAGUGCCAUUUAACGCAAAUGGACCGAUAACUCUGUAGGUCGAAAUGGAAAACCAAAUUGCUCACAUCACAUCAGUGCUUUAAAAGCAUUUCCUAAAUGAAAUAAAUAUUCGCAGCUGCCCCUGUCGCUUUAUGUAGAUUUUAUUAGACACGUUUAUUGCUUACAUUUGUGCUCUCAAAAUAAUAUAGAAGCGUUAGCUAAACAAACUUUACACAAAUUGCAUUACAGCAUGAUGAGUUAAUCUGCCGUCAGUUUCUUUAUCUUGAAAAUAAUGUUGUUUUUUUGUUAUGCUCCCCGAAAAAUUUCGGGGGAGCAUAUAGUCGGCGCCUUGUCCGUCUGCCCGUCCGUCCGUCUGUCCGUCCGUCCGUCUGUCCGUCCGUUUUCUUGUCCGGAGCAUAACUUGAAAACCCUUGGAGAUAAUUUGUUUAAACUUCAUACAGUGGUAGAGGGCAUUGAGGGGGAGUGCAGUGUCAAAGAACCAUAACUCUAUUUUGCCCGGUUUUUGAUUUAUCUCCCCUUAUAGAAAAAUCUUGUCCGGGGCAUAACUCUAAAACUGUAAGAGAUAUCAACAUGAAACUUUGUAGGUGAAUAGAUCUCAAUGGGUAGAUGUGCAGUGCAUAAGACCAAUAACUCUUUUUGUCCUAAUUUUGGAGUUAUUGCCCUUUGUUAAUUUCAACACUUUGAACUUUGUCCGGAACAUAACUCUCAAACUAUAAGAGAUAUCAAGAUGAAACUUUGUAGGUGAAUAGAUCUCAAUGGGUAGAUGUGCAGUGCAUAAGACCAAUAACUCUUUUUGUCCUAAUUUUGGAGUUAUUGCCCUUUGUUAAUUUCAACACUUUGAACUUUGUCCGGAACAUAACUCUAAAACUAUAAGAGAUAUCAAGAUGAAACAUUGUAGGUAGAUAGAUCUCAUUAAGUAGAAGUGCAGUGCAAAAGAACCAUAACUCUGUUAAGCCUCAUUUUUGAAUUAUCUCCCCUUAUAGAAAAAUCUUGUCCGGGGCAUAACUCUAAAACUAUAAGAGAUAUCAACAUGAAACUUUGUAGGUGAAUAGAUCUCAAUGGGUAAAUGUGCAGUGCCUAAGAACAAUAACUCUUUUUGUCCUAAUUUUGGAGUUAUUGCCCUUUGUUAAUUUUAACACUGAACUUUGUCCGGAACAUAACUCUAAAAUUAUAAGAGAUAUUAAGAUGAAACAUUGUAGGUAGAUAGAUCUUAUUGAGUAGAAGUGUAUUGCAAAAAAAAACAUAACUCUGUUAAGCCUCAUUUUUGAAUUAUCUCCCCUUUUAGAAAAAUCUUGUACUGGACAUAGCUGUAAAACUAUAAGAGAUAUCAACAUGAAACUUUGUAGGUAGAUGUAUCUCAAUGGGUAGAUGUGCAGUGCAAGAGAAUCAUAACUCUCCCUUGCCUAAUUCUGGAGUUAUUGCCAUUUGUUUAUUUUUACUUUUUGAAUUUGUCCGGAACAUAACUCGGAAACCAUAAGAGAUAUCAACAAGAAACUUUAUAAGUUGAUAGACAACAGUGAUUAGAAGUGCAGUGGAAAGAACAGUAACUCUGCCUUUCCUAAUUUUGGAAUUAUUGCACUUUGAACUUUUUCCAGGGACAUAACUCUGAAACUACAAGAGGUGUACUUUCCUGUGUCCAUAACCUAUUCGGGAAGCAUCACCCGGCUCAAACCGGGCUCUUGUUAAAUUUAUUGUUGCAACCAAGAGGAAACUUUGGCAGUUUUUCAAAAAAAAAAAAAAAAUAAAUAAAAAUGAAUCCAUAAAGAAAGCACAACAAGGCAAAAUUGAAAGUGUUGCAGGCUCGGUUUAAUUGAGCCGGUUCAUGAACGGUAUUGUCAAGUGCAAACUACCGUCCACGCUUCCUAGCACCGGCUUAAGCAAAAUUCAACAUUGAACAUAAACUGGUUAAGUUUUGAAUUUUGAAACAUACGCUUAUUUGUUCAUUUGUCGGAUAUCAUUGAAUUUUCAAUGUGACACGUUUGUGUCAUUCUACGAAAAGCGGCAUAUUGUCCCCAAGUUCAAAAAUAUUUAAUCAUACUUUAUUGCUUUUACAUUUUAUACAAAAACAGAUACAUUGUCACAUGUAAACAUACUACAAAACUUUAACGAAUAUAUUUACAGUUAAUACAUGGAUAUUAUAGUUACUAUAAAAAAGCAAAAGGGUCGGGCCACAAGUUUUAACAACAUUAGAGAAUUGGCCCUUCCCACAAAAAAAAAUUGCAUGUGCAUUAGACGAGAAAACAGUGGGCGAAACAAAAUAAAAUGGAAUUCUAAAAGUGAUCAGAGGUUAUGAAGCAUGCAUAUCACAUUUAAGCUGUCAAGAUACAGAAUUAAACAGCAGGGGACAUAUCAUAAUGUUGAAUCAACAGUAUUCAAGUGAGGAAUACUGGAACAACCUGAUGAAAAUCAUCAAAUUGGUCUAUGCCUAAGGUUUAAGAUUGCGCCUAUGGGUUACUAAUAUAGAAUAGAUGGUAAAGAACACAUUCCAACCCCCGAAAUAUCCGUUGAAGAUACUCCUAUAUGUUAGUUCAACUAUUGUCAGGAAUGACUGCGUUCCUAAUGUACAUUUUUUGUGCUUUGUAUUGAAUUUGUGAAUCAGGAAAAUACCACCAAUCAUGACAGGGCACAAAGAUGAUAGUGAUACGUGCACAACAUCUAAAUUAACACGUCUGACUGUGGUAGAAUUAAGCACAUAUUUAAAAAUGACUUGAAAAACGCACUAAAAAAGUAACAAUUUCUAUUCAGCGCAAUAUAAUUGUUUCCGCCUGUGGUUUAACAACAAAAUGGCUAUGAAGAUGCCUGAAGAGCAUCUGUUUUUAUAAACCUGACAUAACAGCCAAUAAUGAGAGUUACAAAUGUACAGAAAGAAAUGGCAUAAAUGUGCUUGUAAAUUGUGUUUAUUAUUAUGAUAUUAUUUUGUGAAGCGUAACAAUGAUAAUAACUUGUUUAGAUGAAUAUGAACGUUUGUAAAAACUUAAAUAGAAUCGCUUUCGAAUUACCCAAAAU